UCAAACUCACUCCAUCCUCUGGCCACCAUGGGGGCCAGGAUGCCUUUGCCUUCUUUCUGGGUUUCUUUCUUUUGCCGAGACAGGGAUUUUGUUCCCAGGAGGCACUCCCCGGCCCAUGGGAUCUCAGCAUUCAAAGCAGCACAGGAAAGCUGGUCCCCUGAAACGGGGCCACCGAAGAGAUCGGAGAACAACCAGGAGGAAGUACUGGAAGGAAGGAAGGGAGAUCGCUCGUGUCUUAGAUGAUGAGGGCAGCAACCUGAGGCAGCAGAAGCUUGAUCGGCAGAGGGCCCUGCUGGAGCAGAAGCAGAAGAAGAAGCGCCAGGAGCCCCUGAUGGUGCAGGCCAACGCAGACGGGCGACCCCGGAGCCGGCGGGCCCGGCAGUCGGAGGAACAAGCCCCCCUGGUGGAGUCCUACCUCAGCAGCAGUGGCAGCACCAGCUACCAAGUUCAAGAGGCCGACUCACUUGCCAGUGUGCAGCUGGGAGCCCCACGCCCAACAGCACCAGCCUCAGCCAAGAAAACCAAGGCAGCAGCCACAGCAGGGGGCCAAGGUGGCACCUCUAGGAAGGAGAAGAAGGGAAAGCACAAAGGCACCAGCGAGCCAGCAGCACUGGCAGAAGACAAGUCUGAGGCCAAAGGCCCAGUGCAGAUCCUGACUGUGGGCCAGUCAGACCACGACCAGGACGCUGGGGAGACGGCAGCUGGUGGGGGCGCACAGCCCAGCGGGCAGGAUCUCCGUGCCACGAUGCAGAGGAAGGGCAUCUCUGGCAGCAUGAGCUUUGAAGAGGAAGAGGAGGAUGAGGAUGAGAACAGCUCCAGCUCCUCCCAGCUAAAUAGCAACACCCGCCCCAGCUCUGCGACCAGCAGGAAGUCCACCCGGGAGGCAGCCUCAGCCCCUAGCCCAACAGCCCCAGAGCAACCAGUGGAUGUUGAGGUCCAGGAUCUUGAGGAGUUUGCACUGAGGCCAGCCCCCCAGGGUAUCACCAUCAAAUGCCGCAUCACACGGGACAAGAAGGGGAUGGACCGGGGCAUGUACCCCACCUACUUCCUGCACCUGGACCGCGAGGAUGGGAAGAAGGUGUUCCUCCUGGCGGGAAGGAAGAGAAAGAAGAGUAAAACUUCCAAUUACCUCAUCUCCGUGGACCCAACAGACUUGUCUCGAGGAGGGGACAGCUACAUUGGAAAACUGCGGUCCAACCUGAUGGGCACCAAGUUUACCAUUUAUGACAAUGGAGUCAACCCGCAGAAGUCAUCAUCCUCUACUCUGGAAAGUGGAACCUUGCGUCAGGAGCUGGCAGCUGUGUGUUACGAGACAAAUGUCUUAGGCUUCAAGGGACCUCGGAAGAUGAGCGUGAUUGUCCCAGGCAUGAACAUGGUUCACGAGAGAGUCUCCAUCCGCCCCCGCAAUGAGCAUGAGACACUGCUAGCACGCUGGCAGAAUAAGAACACGGAGAGUAUCAUCGAGCUGCAAAACAAGACACCUGUAUGGAAUGAUGACACACAGUCCUACGUACUCAACUUUCAUGGGCGCGUCACACAGGCCUCCGUGAAGAACUUUCAGAUCAUCCAUGGCAAUGACCCGGACUACAUCGUGAUGCAGUUUGGCCGGGUAGCAGAGGAUGUGUUCACCAUGGACUACAACUACCCGCUGUGUGCGCUGCAGGCCUUUGCCAUUGCCCUGUCCAGCUUCGACAGCAAGCUGGCCUGCGAGUAGAGGCCUCCUCGUGCCCUUUGGGGUCACCCGGCCUGGAGUGGAGCUUGCCUGCCUACCUGUGGAGACAGCCCUGCCUACCCUUUGUACAUAGGCCUUCUGCCAGACUAUGCUUUGGCCCUCAGUUGGCUCCCUGGCCCAGCCAGCCAGGAACAGGCUCCUCUGCCUCUGCUGCUGAGGCAGGGGAGUAGCGGGGAGGGGGUGGGUAUGAAGGGACCAGAGUAAUUCUUUCUGUGCCCCAAAGUCGGCAUACACCUCCACUCGUGGGUUAGUACUGUGCUGCAGUCCUGUUUGCCAAGCUAAGCAGCCUCUUCAGCUGGGAAGGCUGGAAGAGGUAUAGAGGUAAAGGAAGCACAAUGCAGGGCUGCUGUGGCUCAGCCAUCCACUCAGCCCAGGAGUCAGAUGACGGUUGGUACCCAGCAUAUAGGGACACAGUGAGUGUGUAUGUGUGAAAGGCACACCAACUUUAUGUAGCAAUGGGCUUGGUGGCCGAGCCUGGCCCUUACAACUGCAGAAAGCCCUCCAACUUCAGAAGGCCUCACCCACCCCAAGAUACGUUAGAAGGCUGGUGGGGACAGGUAAGUGGCAGGACCUUGCCAGGACUGCAGGGGCCUCUCUGUGGCUAGCUGGUGGCCUAGGGUUCUAGCCUGUUUGAUUUCUUCAGGUUUGCUCUGUACCCACAGAAGCAGCAGAAACCUGAUUCCCAAGGCCAAUUGUUUUAGUAAAGAGGCCUGCAGGACACAGGCUUGGCAUGCAGGAAGUACACGAACAGGCUCCCUGGGUCCCAGGUUGUCCUGGGAGCCCUGCCAGCUGCCACCAGAGCUCUCUGUUGAGCAGCACCAGCACAACCCCCAGGACACAUAGAUGGGAUCCAGGUCACCUGCCUGACUGCACACAGCAAGGCAUGUCUGGGGUUCCUGCUGAUGGAGCACAGUUUCCAAGCCAUGGCAUACUCCAGGAAGAAUCCCACUGCUGUCAGCCAAGUCGUGGGUGGUAGGGCUUCUGUGUGUGGUACUUGGGAGGGAAUUGGGCAGGGUGAGAAGAGCAGGGACUGUUUGAGAGCCACAAGAGAUCAGAGGUGGCAGGAUCCUUAGGGAUCAACUAGUGAACCUUGUUACUUUAGGCGAAUCACACUCAGAAAAUGGGACAUGCCCUGGAUCAUCUGGCUGGUCAAUGGCAGAGUUCGGAACUUCAAGUUCCCUUGAUUUUCCUGUUUCCACCGUCCCCCAAGAAACUAGUAUCUCUGGCUCUCUGGGGCCUUGUCUACAUUCCUUCACUCCUUUUCCUGAUUCCAGAGACAUAGAAAUGUCAGAGUUGAUGUAUAAGGUGGAAAGCAUUUCAGUAGGAUAUCAGGCAGUUCCCUGUUGAAAGUUGUGUGGCUUUUGUACAUCAAUCUGAUCAGGACUGGCCCUGUGCCUGACUCCCCCCACAAGGGCUGGUCAGCUGUGAGUGGGCCUCAGCAAGGCUGCUGCACGUUUCUUUGUCUAGGUGUGAGAGAACAUGAGUGUUCUGGGACUGGGCCUAAUCACUCCCUUCACUGCCACUUCUCCUUGGAUGGUACCAUCUGCCCUGUGGGCUUUGGAACUCUAAGCUCAAGCUCUUGCCCAUUUGUCAUUUACCCUGGCAGAGGUUUCUUGCCCAGAUAGAGACCAGAAUCAGUGGGAAGCAUGCAGGGGUUGUUCCUUGCUUUAGAGUCGAUAUGCUUGCAAAGGCUAAGUGGAAAUUAAUUUUUGAAAAAUAAAAGUUGUGCUUUAAACAUGUUA